AUGCCCGACGCCUUUGGCAUGCCAUUCAGGACAGAACAAUCAGCUCCAAGAUUCACCGGCGACACUUGCGGACUCAUUCAGUAUGCUAUUAAGUAUAACCGGUCCACAGAUAAAUUGCUAUGGGCAGGAUGCCCCGAAGCCAAAGGAACAUCUUGGUUAGAAUUUGCUAAUGAAAUUUUGUGGUGCUAUCCAGAACAAGGCAUAGAUAAGUAUGUCCGACCCGACCCUCCGAAGUCCGAAAUAUCCGGACCCGACGGACCCAAUGAAUCCAAAGAUUAUGAAGUUUGGACGCUUCAAUCAGAAAGUCAUGAAGACACGCCCGUUCAAGAACUCAUCGAAGUAGAAGGAUCCGCAUCCGAAGAUUUUAAUGCAACAUCCGAUGCCCCAGAGGAAGUCCGAGUCUCCGAAAUUUCGGACUUGACCUUCGGACAAGUUCAGCUACCAUUGGAACAAUUGGAUUCAUUUGUCGAAGUCAUUUAUACGGAGAUACUAACACCAGAAGUCAUAGGAACAGAGCUAACACAUCUAGGAGACGAUGGACCCGAAAUACCUGAAAUGUCGGCCGAAGAUUUGUCCGAAAUUUCGGACAUUGACAUUAUCAUCCGGUUUACCAAUGCUUUCAAUACCCUCGUCCAUCGCACUCCCAGAUUGCAUUUUACCAGUAUGAAAGCCAAUGACAUCUUUACCUUAGGAAAAAGCUAUAGUCCGAAACCCCGAAAUUUGGGGUUACACAAUACCCGAAAAACGCGCACAUAUGUUCAUAGUUUGCACAUACCAGCAUCGCACAUUUUACCCCGGGUUUAGGCCGGUGUUUCAUAUCUCAAUAACCCGAAAAAUCCCUAUCCUCAUACGUCCACACUUAGAAACUAAUAGUACACAGACAUUUCGGACCCGAAAGUGCGCUAAUAACUCCUAUUUACAUAGCAUUUCAUCUUCGGACUGCGCAUCGCACGCGCACCCUUAUAUCUACGUAGAAAAACACGAAAAAACCCGAAAACCUGAAGAAAGACAGUCAAAAGUUGCACGAAGAAGUCAAGUCAGAUGGUACUCUGCGCCCCUAGUAUCAUUUUGACUGUGUUAUCCGAAAUACUACUUCGCACUUACGAAUAUUUUCCUUCAUCAUUUAUAUAGGCACCCUAGUGGGAACCAUCUAGCAUCGGACCCGAGACACGGACAUAGGGGAC